GCCCUCUAUCCACCAUGUCUCGAAGCAACGGACGACCAGAGGCAGAGGUCAUUGUCAAUUUUGCAGAUGGGAUGUCCUACAAUAAGGGCAAACUAGAGGAAGCAUACCGAUCCGGUGGUAUUCUUGAGAAGCCAGUGAAGCAUUCCAAGGAAGCUCAUAGCGCGAAACGAGAGGAUAUUGAUCUCAUAGUGAGUUUUCUCUCAUUUAAACAAAUGCCUAGAAACCAACAAUUGCAAAGGUACAUGAACUAGACCUUACACGGGCGCAAGCAGAGAAGGUGCUCGCUGAAAGCGGAGGAGACGUUCGAAAGGCAUUAGAAAAGCUCAUACUGUUGUAAACACGUGAAGUGGUCUCGUUUCAACUACCAUAGCCAAGGUUCCAAGCU